AUGAUAAUUGAAUUUAAUGAAGAUUUAUCACAACCAGGUCCAUCCGGUGUAGGAAGACCAAAGAAGCAUUUUUUGGAUUGUGCUGAACGUUCUAAAAGGCAUAAGGUUAAACUUUUACGAGAAUCCGUUGAAUCAGACUUUUUAUCCGCAGCUGCGAAAUUCCCCGAAAAUUUUGAGAAGAAAAUGUAUAUGCCAACGGAACAGGCUUUGGCGUUGAUAACGGAUGCCCAAUUGUCAAAGCAUCAAUAUGAAGCAUUUAGAAAUGCCGUUAAGGAUUUUGGACAUGAUAUUUUACCACCUUAUUAUAAGGUUCAUAUUAAAAAAGUGUGCUACCCAGAUAAAAUGCUAAUAACUGAAAGAAGAUAA